UGCGUACGCUCUUCGCCUCAGCUAGCAACAGCACUAAAAUUUCAUUAUCAUCAUCAGUAUUAUUAUUAUUAUUAUUAUUAUUAUUAUUAUUAUUUGACAAACGAACAACGGUGUCGUAAAAUUCGCAAGAAUAUCGCGGCAAGCGCGUUAUAUCGAUGAUCGCUCAUUCAGAUAUAAUAACACUGUAUGAGUUUGUAUGAUUUACUUUCCCUUUUCAUUUAUCUUAUUUAACGAUAUUUCAUGUUAUGAAAUAAUGGAAUGUCGGAACGUUUCGAAGAGGGUUGUCCGUCGUACCGUUGUAAGAUCUUUGCAACGGUGAAAUCUCAUUGGCCGAGUCUGCGGUGAAAAAGGGGAUAAUAGGAGAAGAACGGUCGAGGAAGGAAGACAACUCGAGAGAGCGGAAAAAGAAGAGAGGAGAAACACGCCGAGGCUAUGCGAGGAGAGUGAGUGCAUGCGCGCCUUGCAAAGCGACUGCAAUUUUUCCGUAUAUAGGAGUGGCGAGGCGCGCGAAGCUCGUUCGAGGAAAGGCAAAAGGCAAAAGGCAAAGGAAUAAUCGGUGGCUGAGAGGAAGAGGAAAGGAGGGAGGGCAGGGAAGACGCAUACCAAGACGCUCGUUCUAUACGGCCUGGCGGCUUAUGAACAAGUGACAGAGGGCGAGUGACCAACAACAAAAACAAAAAUAAAAACGACAGAAGCAAAGGAUCCGCGACUGGAUAAACAAGACGAAACGUGUAUAACGAAAAGUUGUUCAAUGCACGACCAAAUUUCCUGAGGAUGUCUCCUGCUCUCCCGCGUCUUCCUUUAUUCCGUCAUGACCGCUCUCAACGCACAGCGAAUUUUGUUCUCUUCCUCGAUAUUAUUCGAUAUCUCGGAUAGUCGUUUGGCGCUUGGAAACUCUCUUGGCCGAAUGAACAAACGCGAUUAUUAAGAGUUAUCGUGGAUUUGGGUCGAAAACGCGAACCGCGCGGAGAGGACCGAGGAGAAUACCGGGAAAUAAGAAGAGAGGAACGAUAAGAUUGACGUCAGCGUAUCAUAUUUAUUAUAUUUAUAGUAAAAAAAAAAUGAGCAUCUAUGCUGCUGAUAAUUGUGGUCGUAGUCCCGUUCGAGUAAACGAGUAUCGUCGUUUCACGAGAAUCUCAUGGCUGGUGUAAGUUUAAAAUACCAAAGAGCAGCGACGCCGCCGCAUAUUUCGAAGCAAGUGCGCGAAAUCGAAUUUUUCUUUCUAUUAAACGCGCGGCGAACCAUUGCUGCUGUUUAUUUUCAUUUGGUAUUUUAGUACGCCCAUAAUAUAGUUCGGGAUUGACGGGGCAGCAGCCGGUUUACGCGAGGCGAAUCUCUCGGAUGAUGAGAGCGCAAGGCGGCGGUCGAAUAAGGGAGCAGGAAGAAUAAUAAAAAAAACGGUGUUGGUAAUCGGAGGAUUCGAGCUGCCGCUGGCUCGCUAUUUUGCGCUUGGCACGACAACGUUAUUCGGUUACCAUGUUUCAGUGCAUCAUACAACAAAGAAAUGGAUGGAUUCAUCCUUCCAAUCCCGAUACGAAGGAUGUUUUUCCAGAUGUCUAAUACGCGUGGCUGACUUGACACUCAAGAGACUACUACGCGAUGAAUCGUAAGUUGCAUGGUUGUUAGAGACUGCGCUUGGAUUUGCGACUGCAUCGCAAUGCCACCGCCGCCGCCGCCGUCGCCGCCGCCGCACGACCCCUCAUUCAUCAAUCAUCCAGCAGCACCAGCAACAGUUUAACGCGAAAGAAAUGACAUUAGGCUCCAGUUGAACGAACAGUUGAGAUGUCUCGACGUACGUAUGGAAUCGCAGGUCGCCCUCGUCGCCGAACUCCAGGAUUUUUUCCGGCGAAGAGCAGAACUCGAACUCGACUAUAGCAAAUCUCUCGACAAAAUGGCCAGGGGCAUACAGCUUAGGCACAAAGAACAAAAACAAAAAAGAGAGCAGUGGCCCCUUUUCUCGAGUUACGCUUGCUGGCAACAAUUGGUCAACGAGACAAAGUCACUGAGCCGCGAUCAUGCCGCACUCUCGGAAGUCUAUAGUACUCAUCUCGUGGGUCGACUCAAUCAGGUCAUGGAAGACGUCCAACGGAUUUAUAGACGAUGUCGCGAGAUCGGUUACGAGACCCAUGAGGAAAUUUUGCGUGUUCUGCACGAACUACAUACGACGAUGAAGACCUAUCAAGCCUAUCAGGCUGAGUCACGCCAAGCUGAAACGAAACUUCGCGUCGCCGAGCAACAGAGAAGCAAACUCGAGGUUACCAACGCACCACCGGAAAAACUCGCCAGAAGUAAAAAGUACAAGCUCAUCGAAAAGGAAGUCAACAAGAGGAAGAACAAAUACACAGAAGCCAAGUUGAAAGCAUUGAAAGCUCGAAACGAAUACAUACUCUGUUUAGAGGCAUCGAAUACGACGAUACACAAAUAUUUCGUCGAUGACCUCUCGGAUCUAAUCGAUUGUAUGGACUUUGGAUUUCAUAAUUGCAUCGCUAGGGCACUUUUGAUGCAUUGUAGCGCCGAAGAGGGAAGACAACGCUCGUUGCAAAACGGAGCUGAGCAAUUGGCCGCUUGUGUCAAUUCACUGGAUUCGAGAGCUGACAAGCAGCGAUUCCUCGAAUCCCAUCACGGGGCUUUUAUGAUUCCGAAAAAAUUCGAGUUCCAGUCUCAACGCGGGGAUGAGACGCCAGAGCCAGAAUUACAAAAAGUUUUGCACACCGAGAUGGAGCAACGACUGACUCAGCUUCAACAGAGAGUCACAUCAUUGAGAACAGAAUCGGAGGAAGUUUGGAAGACGUUGGAAACGGCCGAAGCAAGUUUGAUGGAAAUGUUGACGGCGAAGGAUUACGAUUGUUCAAGGUAUUUUGGAGAAAACGGAAUGCCAACAUCGAGACCACCGGAAACGUUACAGAUUAAGCUCAGAGCAGACCGCCAGGAGACGGAAGAAUUUUACCUCACGAAAUUUCGAGAAUAUCUUCUCGGUACAUCGAGAAUAGCGAGACUGGAUGCGAAACAGGAAUACAUACGGCAAAGUUUGCAAGAUGGAUCGAACGCCUCGCCAAAUCCUUCGAUUUCAACGACGAAACAGAAACAAGCGAGAAGAAAACGAAUCGGACGUCUGCAGAUGAACGGACAGCCAAAAUUAUUUGCAGGCUCGUUAGAAGAAUAUCUUGAGAGCACAAAUCAGGAGAUUCCCUUGAUCAUGAAAAGUUGCAUCAGAGUGAUUAAUCUUUACGGUCUUCACCAUCAAGGUAUUUUUCGCGUGUCGGGUUCGCAAGUUGAGAUAAAUAACUUUCGCGAAUGGUUCGAGAGAGGGGACGAUCCAUUGGCGGACGUCACCGACGCAUCCGACAUCAACAGCGUCGCUGGUGUAUUCAAGCUCUAUCUUCGAGAACUUCGCGAGCCUCUUUUUCCAAUAAUAUAUUUUGAGCAUCUCAUGGAAUUGGCACAGUUGGAAUCGAAGCAUGAAUUCGUCGUCAAGAUGAAGGAACUCAUCUCGAGUCUUCCAAGACCCGUAGUCAUAGUCAUGCGAUACCUCUUUGCUUUUCUUAAUCAUCUUUCCGAAUUCUCUGACGAGAACAUGAUGGAUCCUUACAAUCUGGCGAUAUGCUUUGGACCGACUCUCGUCCCGGUGCCUGAGGACAAGGAUCAGGUCCAAUACCAGAAUCAGGUCAAUGAUCUCAUUAAAAACAUAAUAACGUUCUGCGAGGAAAUAUUUCCUGAGGACAUUGGUGGAAUACAAUAUGAGAAAUAUAUAAGUCGGGAGCCUGACGACGCGGAUGUCGGGGAUUCGCCCACCGAUCAAGUACAAGAAGACAUGGACUCUGAAGUUUAUCCGUCCGAAGAUGAAUCGGAGAAUUUGGAAGCGACCGCACAGUUUGAUUUCCACGCGAGAUCGGAACGGGAGCUCAGUUUCAAGAAAGGUGAUACCCUCACGCUGUUUAUGCAAGUUAGCUACGAUUGGUGGAAAGGUUCUCUCAACAGUCGCGAGGGUUUGAUUCCCGACAAGUAUAUCAUGCUGAAAAUCAAGGACGAAGAUCGGGAGAAAGAGUUGUUGAAAUCGUCGAGCGAAGAGUCAAUGCGGAGAAGAGCUUCGAGUUCGGCGGAGAGCGCCCUAUCGAGUAAUAAUUCACCGCUCAUGGGUCCGACGAGCAAUACCAGUAUUUGGCCAGCAUUGACGACGGUAUCAUCGGAGGCGACGAAUACGACUGCGACCGGCAAUCAUACCGACAUCUCGAGCAACACCGGCACCGGAUCCAACAUUAUUACUACAAGCGUUGUUACGGAUCCCGUUACAAUCUGCGUAACGUCCUCACAACCGAUCAUCAGUCGAGAGGAAGGAAGCGUCAACACUUCAAAUUCGAUGGCUGUAACAGCAACCGCGGUAAUAACAACCUCAUCGAGCUUACCAUCGAAAAUUCCCAGAGCACCAAGCCCGGAAACGGAUAAAAUUCAAGUUGACAUCAACAACGGCGGUGGCGGUUGCGGCAACGAUCAAUCUGUGAGAACAGCAGAUAUCAUAGAAAUGUUUAGUACCGAGGUCGAGGACGGGAGUGUUUCUGAUUUUUUAGAUUCGCUCUCGGGGAUAAGCGAGCACGAAAUGACAGACGAUCGUGAGGUGGUUAGAGACGAAGAGUCCUCCGAGCGUCACUUAUCGAUGUCAUUGAAUAAUAUGGGGUUUGAGCGAGGCGCUGCCAGAAAAGACCAAUGGAAAUCGCACAGUUUGGGAGAAUCAUUGCAACAGAACUUACACGUUAAUUCGUUGCAAUUUGAUUCAACGAGUUGUUCCCCUCAACAUCAUAAUCAACAUAAUCAUCAUCAUCAUCAUCAUCAUCAUCAUCGUCAUCGGCAUCAACAAGAUCAACACGGCGCAGAGGAUCAGCCGCAGGAUGAACAGACAACUUUUUCGGCGAAUCGUGAAUUAUGGCAGCGUCGCGCGACUUCUCAGACCCAUCUGAUACCGACAGCAACACCGCAAACAAUACCCCCAAAAUCAUUCAGGUCCUCGCAGGAGUUUCGUGAAAUGCGUCAAAAGCACACACCCGAUCUUGUUAUGGAUUUGCCACUUUCGGCACAGGAUGUAAUUGACAACAAAUCAGUAUCAUCAAUUAGCUUGAGUAGUUCGGAUGAAGAAACUAUCCCAUCUUAUUCGACAUCAUCGAGAACCGUCGAAACUGAUAAAUCACCGACAACAUCCGGAGGUCCCGAGUCACCGGAUAUGAGCACAGCCGCCGAAAGAUUUGCCAAACAGAAUCAGUGUACGCUGAAAAAAAAUACCAAGACUUGUAGUAGUAGCGAGAGCGGUUCUACGACGAAAUUUAAGCGUCUCGAGGCCGAAUUGAUUGUUACCGCGUCAGAGACCGAUAUAGCCGAGUCUCAAAUCGUUAGAUCCACCAGUAACAACGAGAUAUCAACAUCCAACGAUUGUCAACUACCAAGAUCACCGCUACCUGCUCGCUCAACACCAAAAAUUGCUGCUAAAUUCGCCGACAUGCGUUUAACCGGUGGCAGCCAAUCGUCGAAGCAGCAGCAGCAGCAGCAGCAGCAGCAGCAACAACAACAACAACAACAACAAACAUCUUCUUUUAAACCUCAGGUUAAGGUAAAGCCAACUAUUUUGCGUAAACCAAAUCCAUGCUUUCCAAAGUCGUUGCCCCUCGGACAUAUGAGUCCCGAAUUGGCGCGAAAAAUUGAGAAACAGCAAGUACACAACAAUAGCGAACAAACCAAUUAAUCAAGUACAUUUACUUUAACGCGUGACAAUCUGUCCGAAUUAUUUUUACAUCGUCGUUGGUGGAAGAUACGCGUUCGUCAUUACACAUUUUAAAAAAAGAAUCUUCUCCUUUGAGCCAUUCUCAAAAAUAACUGUCAUACUUAUUCGUCAGAAUUGCUAUCGAUAUUAAAAGGAUAUGAUGAUAGCUUGUAUACUGAUAUUUCAUCUUGCCAAGAUGAAAUGUUUUCGAUUUAUAGAUGGAUAGCAAAAGAUGAACAACGCAAAAAAAGAAAAGGGAAAGGGGAUAAGGCGAUUUUGUCAAGCACGCGGUUAGAAAUAGUUGGCUUUUCCUGCGCCUAGUUGCGCCUAUAGGCGCCCUUUAUUACCGUAUGAAAACUAGAUCUUUUUUUAAUACUCGGCGUCAAGGCGCGCUACCUCGUCUCUGGAUAACGCCCCCGCAAUGUGAUUGUAUCAACCAAGAGACUUGCCAGAUUUUCGUAUCAAUCGUAUUCGGUCGGUGUGAAGGAUACAUAGACGAGAUCCCUCCCCGUCGAACCGAUGCGCGAGUUUAUUUUUUUUACCCAAUAAGAGAGAAGAAGAACAUGAUGAACAAUAUAAUAAUAUGCUCUUGUGUUAUUUUUUUACCAGAAUAAUUCUUGAAUUCAAGUUUCUAGUCAUCGUACGGAUGAUACGAGCAGGAAGAGAGUAUCACCAGAAAUGUGUGCGCCUUUUCGUACGCCAGCGCAUACGAAAAUCUACCGAAAAAAGUUCCCAUAGGAUGCAUCGAAAAUAACGAGUGAGAACAGGAUCUGAAACUAAGGAAACAAAUAUUUAGGACGUAAGCUCAAACGAAUUUGUAAUUUUUACGAGGGAAUAUAAUUUAUUUUUUAUUGCGAUCAAUCGCCAAAUGUAAAGAAUUUCAUAAUUGUUGUCGUGUUGAAUUUUAGCGCUUACAAUUAAACAGGACACUCGGGUGUUGAACGAACAAGAGGAGUAAAGCAAAUGAAAAUAAAAACCACGUACGAUGUUCCUUUAUAAACGCUUUUAAUUGUAUCGUUAUCCUCGCAGCGAAGCUACGAAUUAUGAAUAUAUCAAGUAUCCAUUCAUUCAUCCAUUCAUCGAUUCUCGCGUUCAUUACUAUGUAAGAUCGUUAUAUUAUUUUUUAUUACUCUCAACUAUCUAUUUUUUUCAUACUUUUUUAACGCAGUCCAAACGAGUGUUCCGUCGUUCGCGUCGUGUUAUUCAGGAAAAGAGUUACGCGGUUUAAGCAAAAAAAUUUUUACAAAUUAUCGUAUCGAGAGUUACUGAAUCAUGAGAGAGCGCGGCUUACCUGCUGCUGCUGCUGCUACUGCUGCUGGGAUAUUGCUAAAGCAGGCCGAUUUAAUCUAAGUGGAUGUCGUAAUAAAUGAAAUAGGUUGUAACUCAUAAUCUGAUAAACUAUACUCGGUAUAACAGUGAGAUUAUUAACAAUACUAAUCUGCGUAUUGUAACAAUGCCUCCCCACAGCGAUCCAUAACCAUAAUGACGAAGAUGAUUAAUAUAAACAAUACCGUAUAUGUAAAAGAAGAGCAAAAAAAAUUUGACAAAACUGUAAUCUUAUUAUAGUUAUGAUAGCAUAGUACUACAUAUGAUAAAGGGCACCGUGCGUCUAUUACCUAACAAUAAUGGAAUAUCAAUAAUAACAACAUCAACAACAACAACAACAACAACAAUAAUACUAAUAAUAAUAAUAACGAAAGAAUAUCUUUGCCGUAGAUACAUGAAUUUGUAUAAUCUUCAUGCAAAUAUUACGAAUUAAACUCGGUUCAAACGA